AUGGCGAGGAAGACAGAAUUAUCAUGCAGACCGUUGAGAUAUCGGGAGAUCGCAAGGACAGUCGACGUCACAGAGAGGGCGCUUCGCGACACGGAUCCGUUCUUCAACUACGUCUUCUUCCCGCCACCCGACGCAAAGUAUACCCGCAUCAGCAAACUCGGUGCGAGGUUCGUUCUCUACAUCCAAUACGCCUACUAUGUGAGCCAGAAGGAGGCAAUCACUCUCGACGGAGGGGACGGUUUCAUCACAUAUGAUUCUGCCCCGAACGGAUUGUCCCUACUGCGCAAGAUAUUCCAACGCAUGGUGCAGUCUAUAGCCUCCGUCGUCAUCUUCCUGAUCAUCACGUUGGCUGGCACCAAGGAGCAGCAUCAUCGACUGAAAGAGACACGCCAGCAGGAUGAAGCUUCGAAGGACACUGUCAAUGGAGGCCAGCUCGAUGAUGUCUUCAUGAUAGACACGCUCGCCGUUACUCCAGACAAGCAAGGCCUGGGGUACGGCUCUGUGCUGUUGGAAGCGGUCAUAAGCCAAGCGGAUGCGCAAUCACGACGCUCGUACUUAUACACCAGACCGCAGAUAACGCCGUUCUAUGAGAAGUUCGGGUUCGUAGUCGUCGCAACGUACCCGGUGGGGGAGAACAACCCGACGUGGACCCGCCCUCCUGUACAACGGGUUAUUAUGGUGCGUGAACCCACCUUGAAGGAUGCGCAAGGGGAGGAGGAGCAGUCUAAGUGA